AUUCCUCCCUCAACCAUCCAUGGCCGUCUUUUUUUGCCGUUUGGGCGUUUUGCGUCAUUUUAUUUUGGAAUUGAAGGGAACGUCACAUUUUGUUUGGCCUGUAUUUGAACUUACUCCCCCUCGUUACACUGUGAGCUAAAUAACACCGUGGAGCUGAAAGUUGGAAGUGCCUACCCCAAGUGUGUGGAAGUCCAGAAACCACAAACCACGAUCUCUGUAGGCUGAGUUGGCUGUUAGGCUUGCCAGCCAUACAUAAGUUGUUUGUUCGUCUGCAGUACAAUUGUGACAUGAUGCAGCAAGAGUUAACACCAGGCUACUCGAAAGGAUGGGAAGAUUUACGGAAGCAGGCACGCAAGCUGGAAAAUGAAAUUGAUUUAAAAUUGGUCUCAUUCAGCAAGCUAGGAACAGGUCACACUGGUAUCAAACCUGAUAGUGAUACAGAACCUUUAUUGAGUAGUGAGCAUGUGUUCGAAACAAUGGCUUUGGAUGUAGAGCAAUUGCUUUCUCAGUUGACAACUGUUAAUGAUCGCCUUGGAGAGGUUUCUGCUCCUGAUGGUCCUGGUGCUCCUUCGAGUGCUGCUCUUAUUCACACACUUCAGCGUCAUAAGGAAAUUCUCCAAGAUUACAAGCAAGAGUUCUCCAAGACAAAGGCAAAUUGGCGUGCCAGAAGAGAGCGUGAGGAUUUAUUGAGGAGUGUGAGAAAAGAUAUUGAUACUUACAAGUCUUCAUCAGGGCUGAACAGACGUAUGGAUCUUUAUUUAAAAGAGAAUGAGCACAUCAGAAGUUCAGAUCGCCUUGUGGAUGAACAGAUCAGCAUAGCUGUGGACACACGAGAAAAUUUGAUGUCUCAGCGUUUGAAUUUUAAGCGUAUUCAGACUAGGAUGCAUGAUCUCUCCUCUCGGUUUCCUGCAGUGAAUUCUCUUCUGCAGCGAAUUAAUCUUCGUAAAAGGAGGGACUCUCUUAUCAUUGGUGCUAUUGUUGGGGUGUGCACCAUCCUCAUGUUACUAUAUGCAUUCCAUUAAUAGAAUGGACUUUGGCUGUUUUUCUUUUAAUCUUUGAUUUAGUUGAGUCAAGUCACACCAUAUCACAAUCAUUGCAACAACCAAAGAUCAAAUUUGUGCCUAGCCUAAUACUUCAACUGGCAAGAAAUAUAACUGGAAUAAAUUCCUGGGGCCCGAUAAAACUUUUCUGAAAUCCUUUUUUUUCUCAUUAUUUUGGUUCAAUUUCUUGUCAAGUCUUCAUUUUGAGUUGGUUCAACUCAAAUCAUUUUUUGCCCGGGUACUUUCAACUAUCAAAGUAUUGAUUUGUAUGCACCCUUUAAAUAGCAUAACCUACCAUUAUGCUUAUUCUAUUCUAUGAACCACUGUAACAAUAAUGUGUGUAACAGAGUACUCCACUGAAUAGAAGAAGAGGAGGGAGGCAAUUCUAGUGCAGCACAAAUGCAACACCUUGAUUUACUACUUGGCAGCUGCUGAGAAUCGCCCUUGAUUUGCUGGUGUUGGGAAUCAAAUAAAGCUCUGGCAUCAAUUUUCUCCCAGAUGGCCAAGAUUGCUCUGAAUGGUAUGACGCAAUCUCAAAUCUCUCUAACACAAGUCCUUCAACACUCUGUUAAAUGUUGUAUAUUUGGCAUCCUUUUUCUGCCUCUUCUAAACUUGUGAUAUUUCUAAUUGCUCGUAACUUAGUGAAUAUUUUCUGUAAAGAAACUUAUAGAACUUAGUUUGUUAUGAAAUAGAAAUUUAUUAAAAACUUC